AGCUAUUAAAUGGAGGUGUGCCAGACAGGCAGCAGCCCCAUUUCCCAUUUCCACCUCAAAACCUCGAAUCAAAACAAAGCAGUAGAUCCAAUAUUCAUAAUCCUUCCCACUCAAAUUAGUUACUACUGCUCCUUUGCUAUUGGCAAUUAGGAAGAUGUCAAGGCGAUCUGGGAACUGUGUAAGGUGCUGUUUGGUUGUAUUUGCAGUGGUUUCAGCUCUCUGUGUAUCUGGGCCUGCAAUUUACUGGAAAUUCAAGAAAAGUCUCAGCUUGAAAGCUACAUCGUUUAAUUCUUGCAGUCCUUGUGUUUGUGAUUGCGCCCCUCCUCUUUCCCUUCUCAAGAUUGCUCCUGGCUUGGCAAAUCUUUCUGUUACAGAUUGUGGAAAGGAUGACCCUGAUCUGAAGGAAGAGAUGGAGAAACAAUUCGUGGAUUUACUGACAGAGGAGCUAAAGCUGCAAGAGACUGUUGGUGAGGAGCACAUGCAUCAUAUGAAUAUCACCUUAGGAGAAGCAAAAAGGUUGGCUUCUCAAUAUCAAAGGGAAGCUGAAAAAUGCAAUGCUGCCACAGAAACUUGUGAGGAAGCUAGAGAACGAGCUCAGGCACUACUUACUAAGGAAAAGAAAAUAACUUCCAUGUGGGAACAUAGAGCCCGUCAACUAGGUUGGGAAGGGGAAUAGAAGAGGUGAGCUUUUGUAUGAUGGCGAAAAGAUUCGCUGGCUCGGUUGAUACAAGAUUGCGAAAGAAUUUUGCUCUCUGCCGCUUUCAAUCUUACCUUUGACCUCUGUAUCCACCAGUAAUUAAGAUGGCUCACAUUAAAAACAAAUGUACAUGCUGCUAUGUUGCUGAAAACUCUUCUGCAUUCAUCAGGGAUAGAAUUUUUACAGGUCCUUCGUGAUCACCCAAGUGUGAUAGAGCUCGGCAGUCCAUUUUAAGCCAGCACCAGCCAGCUUGUUUAUUGCAUUGUCUUAAUGGUCGCUUUUAAUGGAAGCAGGAAGGGCAGCAUAAGAUGGUUUUACCGUAUUCUCAACAUUUGACUGGACAUUCAAGAUGGGCUAAUGAUUUAGUGCUAUUUUCUGUGCCAUUUCUUUUGAGGGGCAGCUUGCUUUCAUUCUACUUCAUCCUUUUGAGUCAAAUUGCAGCAUUGGCAGUUGGGAACUAUUUUUACAUGAUUUAACAUCUUUUCCUGAAAUUUCUUUCAGUGUCAGAAUGUGCUUCUAAUACUUAAAAACUUCCUGUGA